AUGGCUGCGGCGGGCGGCUGGGGCCGGAGCCGGGGCGCUGUGCUGCUGCUCCUCUUCUCGCUCUCCCGCCGCCCGCCCGCCGGCGCCGCCUGGCUGCUGGGGCUGCGGCCCGAGGACACGGCCCCGGGCAGGGUCUCGCUGGAGGCCGGCGCGCUGGGGGCGGUGGAGGGGGCCACCUUCCGGCUGCGCCUCUACUUCCAGCCGCCGCCCGAGGGGAACGGCAGCCGCGGGCCGCCCGGCGCGGAGAGCGAGCCCCGCCUGGUCUUCAUCGAGGAGCCGCCGGCGGGCGCGGGCGCGGUCCCGGUCCCGGCGCCCGGGGAGCGCUGCCCGCCGCAGAGCGCCUGGGCCUCGGACGUGGAGGUGCUGGGCCCGCUGCAGCCGGGCGGCGCGGCCGGCUCCGCCCUGGUGCGGGUGCGAGUGCGGGAGCCGCGCAAGGGGGAGCCCGGGGCCGGGCCGCGCGGGCGGCUCUUCUCGCUCUGCGCCUGGGACGGGCGCGCCUGGCAGCACCACGGCGCGGCGGGCGGCUUCCUGCUGCGGGUGCGGCGGGCGGCGCGGGAGCCCUGGCUGCUCGGGCCGCUGCCGGAGGCGGGCUGGCUCCGGGCCCUGGGGGCGCUGCUCCUGCUGGGGCUGUCGGCGCUGUUCAGCGGCCUGCGCCUGGCGCUGCUGUCGCUGGACCCGCUGGAGCUCCGCGUGCUGCGCAACAGCGGCUCGGCCGCGGAGCAGGAGCAGGCGCGCCGCGUCCAGGCGGUGCGGGGCCACGGCGGCACCUACCUGCUCUGCACCCUGCUGCUAGGCCAGGCCGGGGCCAACGCGGCGCUGGCCGGCUGGCUGUGCGCAUCCCUGCCCGGCCAGGGCCCGGCGCCGGCCGGCUGGGUGCAGGGCGUGCCCUGGCUGCCCGUGCUGCUCUGCACCGGCGCCGUCUUCCUGGGCGGCGAGGUGCUGCCCUACUCGGUGUGUUCCCGGCACGGGCUGGCCAUGGCCUCGCACACGCUCUGCCUCACCCGCCUGCUGAUGGCCGCCGCCUUCCCGCUCUGCUACCCGCUGAGCCGGCUGCUGGACUGGGCGCUGCGCCAGGAGCUCAGCACCUUCUCCACCCGCGAGCGCCUGCUGGAGACGCUGCGCGCCGCCGACCCGCACAGCGACCUGGUGCGGGCGGAGCUGGCCAUGGUGCAGGGCGCGCUGGAGCUGCGCACCAAGGCGGUGGAGGACGUGCUCACCCCGCUGGCCGACUGCUUCCUGCUGCGCUCCGACGCCCUGCUGGACUUCGCCACCGUCUCCGAGAUCCUGCGCUCCGGCUACACCCGCAUCCCGGUCUACGAGGGCGACCGGCGGGACAACAUCGUGGACCUGCUCUUCGUCAAGGACCUGGCCUUCGUGGACCCGGCCGACUGCACCCCGCUGCAGACCGUCACCCGCUUCUACCGCCGGCCGCUGCACUGGGUCUUCAGCGACAGCCGCCUGGACACGCUGCUGGAGGAGUUCAAGAAGGGUAAAUCGCACCUGGCCAUCGUGCAGCGGGUGAACAACGAAGGGGAAGGAGACCCGUUCUAUGAGGUGAUGGGGAUCGUCACGCUGGAGGAUGUCAUUGAAGAGAUCAUCAAGUCCGAGAUCCUGGAUGAGACAGACCUUUACACAGACAACCGAAAGAAGGAGAGGGCGCUGCACCAAGGCAGGAAGCCGCACGACUUCUCCAUCUUCAGGCUCUCAGACAGUGAGAUGAAGGUGAAGAUCUCCCCUCAGCUGCUGCUGGCCGCGCACCGCUUCAUGGCAUCAGAAAUCGAACCCUUCAAAUCUCCCUGCCUCUCGGAGAAGAUCCUGCUGAGGCUCCUCAAACACCCCAACGUCAUCCAGGAGCUGAAGUACGACCAUAAGAACAAGCAGGCCGUGGAGCACUAUCUCUACCAGCGCAACCGGCCUGUGGACUACUUCGUCCUCAUCCUGCAGCCACAGGGGCACUGUGGGAAUGAUGCUAGAGUACCAAGCGUGCAGGCAUUUUGUGCCACCUUUGGGCAGAAAUCUCCCCUGCUCAGCCCAGGCAGGACCUUUUUGGUGCCCGUCUCAGUGUCCCGUACCUUCGCCGUCAGCAGAGGGGAAUCCCUGGCUGGCUCCCCAGUAAACCAAUCGCCAUCUCGCUGCAGCGGGCUGAAUCGCUCCGAAUCCCCAAGCCGGGAACGCAACGACUACGGGGACAGCAACACCCAGCUCUACAGCAGCAGCAACAACAUCUACACGCCCGACUACUCUGUGCGCAUCCUCUGCGACGUGCAGUUCGUCAAGAUCACCCGGCAGCAGUACCAGAACGCACUGGCAGCCAGCCGCAUGGACAGCUCACCCCAGUCCCCCGACAUGGAGGCGUUCAAUGAUGGCAACUCCACCAAGGCCCCGACGGCCCGGGGGACCCCACAGACCCCGAAGGAGGACCCCACCCCCACCCUCCUGAACGAGAGGAACAGCAUCAUUUGCAGCCGGUCAGACGGGCUCCGCAGCCCCAACGACUCCAUGUUCCUCCGCGUGGAGGGAAUCCCCUUCAUCAGGGAGGAACUGGCAGACAACGAGGAGAACAGCAAGCGGCAGGCCAGCGAAUGCUGUGACAUCACCCUGGAGCCGGAGAGCCCGAACAGAGAGACAGCGAGCGGCACCGAGGAGACCCUGGGCAAGAAGCUGCUGAGGACACUGAGUGGGCGGAAGAGGAGGCAGUCCCCAGAUGGCGAGACGACGCCGGAGGAGAAUUCCAACCGAGCGCCGUUAAUCACCUGAGCGGCAGCGUGGCUGGAGCGCGGCGCUGGAGUCCCAUGUAGCCUGGAGGUCUGCAGCAUGAGAGCCUCCUGCGCGCGUCGUGUGCGACAGCAGCGGGUCUGCACGCCGCUGCCUGCCCACCCAACACCUGCCCUCCCUCCAGGAUGUGCGUAGAGCCCCAGGCGAGAAAGGCAAGGCCCCCAGCUGGGACUGAAGCAGAGGCGGCAGCCCUAGACUUGCCAGGAAGCCAGGGCCCGUGGCCGGCUGCUGCCAGGCGUUCCGUCUCAAAGAGGAGAAGAAGAGAAAGACAGAAGUGGCAGUGCCUGGGGCGUGGUUCCCCUGCAGCAAGAAGCAGGGAGAGGCGGCCCAGCUCAGGCUGCCCAGAGCAUCAUUUCAUACUUUACAGCAGCUCCCAGCCCCUUUUGAGUCAGGGCCCCAUAGCACUGGGCGCUGCAGCCAUAACGAGAUGUGGCUCCUGCCCCAAGGAGCGCCAUGCUCCGGGCAAUGCCCAUCCCCUCCCACCACACACAGUGUGACACUCAGGAGGCCCCUGCACGUUUGUGCAGUGACAGUCAAAACCUGCCCUCGCACUUCAGUCUGUCCCCCCGGGAGCAGUGAACUGCCCAUCCCACAGGCACUGGCCAGGUGUGGGCCUCAGGCCCCGCCCAGCGCCGAGUAUAUCCGUCCCCCCACCCAGGGAAAGGGACGCUCAGAGCUGCGCUUCAACCACCAUGGCCCUGCGACAGGCCUCAGCUCAGAGCCACAUGGUGGCAUCAGAAUGUUACAGAGUUUUAAAUCGCGGCUAUGGAGGCUGAAUGCAAUGUAGAUCCUUUACAUUAAA